GUACAACUGCAUAUUUCAGUACAAGUUAAAAAUAUAUAUAAAGUUACUUGCUAAUUAAACACAAUAACCAGUAUAUUUUAACCAUACAUAAUAUACACUAUUAUAAAUGACGAUGAUGUUUUAUACAGUAUGUUUAAUUACCAUCAUUGGUAUGGGAGCCGUCAUAGCGGACACAACCGGUGCGGCGGCGCCCGUAAAGAUCGAUGUCUACUACGAGGCUCUGUGUCCGUACAGUAAACAGUUUAUUGUUGAACAACUGAUCCCCACUUACAAUAAGGUCGCCUCAAUCAUCACCGUUGGUCUCAUCCCAUUCGGUAACGCGAAAUGGAAAAAGGUUGCGAAGCCUGAUGGUACUUUUGAUGUCGAGUUUACGUGUCAGCAUGGUGAACAGGAGUGCAUUGGCAAUAGGAUACAUGACUGUGUUCUGCUCGAUGAGCCCAUUGAUAAGACACUAGCCUUCCAGGACUGCAUAUUUAAAUCAGCCGAUUGGAAAACACCGGCCAAAGCUGGCAAACCGUGCGCUGAACAAUUGAAACUAAAUUGGACCUCGAUCGAUGAGUGCUCGACCGGGCCUUUGGGCAGAGGUCUGUUGUUAUUGAAUGGCGAGCGACACGUGGCCCUCAAGCCCCAGGCCAAGGGUGUGCCGUGGAUUGUGGCCAAUGGUGUCCAUACCGAUGAUAUACAGGAGAGAGCACAGGGUGAUCUCUUGAAAUAUGUGUGCGACACCUACACAGGCCCAAAACCGUCGGGAUGUAAAUAA